AUGUCAAAAACAAAACAGCCACAAAUAUCACUACAUAAAGAUGAACCAAUAGCAUGGGCUUGUACCAUUGAUAAAAUCGAAAAUGUAUCUGAAGGAUUAGUUUCUCAUCAGACCAUGCAUUCAACCAAACAACCUAUUUCAAAUACAGAGAAAAAUUUUGAAGCAUCUUCAAUGGUAAAUAAUACAAACACCCUUACAGAAAAACAGUGUAAUCAACUUAAGGAAUUACUUACAGAAUAUCAGGAUAUAUUUAUGGAACCUGGUAAACGAUUGGGAUAUUCUGAGAAAAGAUUUCAUACGAUUGACACGGGUGACAGUCGUCCCAUUUCAGUUCCUUGGAGUAUAAAGAUUAUGGGAAUAUGUAAUAUGACUAAUUUUACCAGCGAUGUUCACACUUCAUGUAAUGUAUCCAGACUCAUUGACGAUACUUGGGGAACCUCUGCUUUGAGUCAUUGGGAAGAUUUUGUUGUUGGUACAUAUAUAGCAUUUAUUGUUUGUACGUCUAUAUUGAUGAACUCUCUGAUUUUAUUUGUUUUGUAUCAACAUCGAUCCAGACUUAUGUUCACUGAUUAUUUCAUCGUUUCCUUGGCUAUCACAGAUUUGGGAAGCCCUUUAUUUGCCUAUCCGAUGGCUUGUACGUCUUCCUAUUCUCACAAAUGGCUGUACAAAGACAUAGUUUGCUUUACAUUGAAUAUAAAUAUUGAAGCCCUGUCACACGGGCAUGCGGUGAACUAUCGAUGUGUUUAG